CGAUUAUUUAGUAAUUAAAAGUUAAUUAUUGAAUAUUUAACCGCCCAAUUUAUUUUUAAAAUUUAUCAAACAUAUAUUAGAUUUAUUUAAAAGUUAUUACGAUAUUAUUUGCAACAAUGGGGCUUGUGGGAAUAUUAUUCGUCACAGCAUUGAGCGUCGUCGUAUCCUUUGCUGACAUCGCAACUGAGGAUGGAGUUCUCGUUAUAACAAAAGAUAACUUCGAACAAGCAGUUAAAGAUCAUUCUUAUAUUCUCAUUGAAUUCUACGCUCCUUGGUGUGGUCAUUGCAAGGCAUUAGCUCCAGAGUAUGCCAAAGCAGCUAAAGCACUUGAGGAAGAAGGCUCGAAAAUAAAGUUGGGUAAAGUUGACGCGACAAUAGAGUCAGAGCUCGCCGAGAAAAACGGAGUUCGAGGAUACCCAACUCUCAAAUUCUAUCGCAACGGUUCACCGAUUGAUUACUCUGGUGGUCGUCAAGCCGACGAUAUCGUCAGUUGGUUGAGUAAAAAAACUGGUCCGCCUGCUAAAGAUUUACCAUCCGUUGACGAGGCCAAGGCACUUAUUGAUGCCAGCGAUGUCGUUGUCAUUGGAUUCUUCAAGAACCCAGAGUCUGAGGAUGCUAAAGUUUUCAUGGACGUCGCUCAGUCUAUUGACGAACAAGUAUUUGGUAUUUCCAGCGACGACAAAGUAUUUGAUGAGUAUGAAGCCAAAGAUGGUACUGUCAUUCUCUUUAAGAAGUUUGAUGAAGGCCGCAGUGUUUAUGACAGUGAAAUUGACGCUGAAAAGUUGAAAGAAUUCAUUGCAGUUCACUCACUUCCGCUCGUCGUCGACUUCAGUCAACAAACAGCUCAGAAAAUUUUCGGCGGUGAAGUUAAAAGCCACCUUCUCGCAUUCAUCAGCAAAGAAGCUGGAGAUUAUGAUAAAUAUGUCGAAGGAAUUAAGACAUCUGCCAACAAAUACCGUGGAAAAAUUCUUUUCGUUACAGUUAAUAUUGAUGAGUCUGAUCAUGAACGUAUCCUUGAAUUCUUCGGAAUGAAGAAAGAAGACGUACCUGCUAUGCGUAUUAUCAAACUUGAACAAGAUAUGGCCAAAUACAAGCCAGAAAAUCCAGAAUUGAGUGAAGAAAAUGUUUUGGAAUUCGUGACUGCCUUCUUCGAGGACAGACUUAAGAGGCAUUUACUUACCGAAGACCUACCUGAAGACUGGGACAAAAAACCAGUCAAGGUUCUCGUUGGCACCAACUUCUACGAAGUCGCCCACGACAAAUCGAAAAACGUCCUCGUCGAGUUCUACGCUCCUUGGUGCGGACAUUGCAAGCAGCUUGUUCCUAUUUACGAUAAACUUGGAGAGAAAUACGAAAGCGACGAAAAUGUUGUGAUCGCUAAGAUGGACGCUACAGCCAAUGAACUAGAAACAAUUAACAUCAAAAGCUUCCCCACUAUCAUUUUGUACAAAAAGGAAACCAAUGAAGCUGUUGAAUACAACGGAGAGCGAACACUCGAAGGUCUUUCUAAAUUCAUCGACUCCGAUGGCGCUUACGGACAAGCUGCCGAAGAAGUACAGGAAGAAGAUGAAGACGAUGAUGUGCCAAGAAAAGACGAACUGUAAUUUAAAAAAAAAAUGCUAUCUUAAUUAUUUUUCGUUUUUUAAUUCAGUAAACUUUUAAUUUUUUUCAUUAAAAUUUUAUGCAACAAAGAAAUUAUAAGGACUAAACAUUUAUUUAAUUUUUGAAAUUUAAAACGCGCGUUUAAAAGCUUUAGUUAUUCAAUAAUUAUUUUAAAGUAAAUAAUUACAAAGUUAGAUGUGUAUUUAUUUUAUUACAAAUUAAUUAUAACUAAUAAUCUUCCGAGAAAAAUUAAAAACUAUUUCUCUAUACUUCCGUGAUGGAGAUAUUUUUAUUCCUCGGUUAACACGAGUCUGAUUUAGCAAUAGUGCAAAUAAUUUUUGAAUAUCAAUUGAACAUAAUCUCUCAUUUAAUAUUUUUUAUUAUCAUCACGUAAAGUUUAUUAACAGAGUAUGCUAAUUCAGUAAUUAUAUAAGAUACGUCUUUUUUAUUUUAUUUAUCUUCAUUUUUAUAAAAAAAUUAAUCAUAGUUUUAGAAAAAAUACUAUCUCAUUAAAAUUGUAUCUCACAAUUAAUUAAUCCAAAAAUAAACUCAUCAAAUGUAAGGAUAAUUUUUACUAAAACUGCAUUCCGGGUAAUCAGGGAAGAAAGGAAAUGGAUUAUUUUUUUUUAAUAACUUUUGAAUGUGAAAUGGUUGUAAAAUGAGUAAAUUGAAUGAUAUUAACUGUAAUAAAAAAAAACUAAGGUCAAAAUGUGAAAAAUAGAUGAAAAAUUAUACUAUUAAUGUUUUUAUUAUAUAUUAUUCUUAAUGUGUAUAAAAUAUAUUAUUCUACUUUA